ACGGGAAGCUACUUGGUCCAUUAUAGUUCCCAGCGCUUACCGUCGCUAACAGGACAGCGAGGAAACAACACCUUAGCGGUUUGCAGCGGCCACACCGACUACUUGAAAGAUGAGGCGUCGUGCACAGUGGGGGGGUCUGAUCCUCUUCCUGUCCUGCUCUUUCCUGUGUGCUCACUCUCAGUUGUCUCCACACCAGCAGCAGCCUCCUCCUGUAGUGGGAGGCUCAGCUCAGAUAACUCGCCUUGACAGAAACAUGGUGCAAGACAAAGACCACAUCAUGGAGCACUUGGAGGGGGUCAUCGACAAACCUGAGAAAGACAUGACGCCCCAGGAGCUUCAGCUGCAUUAUUUUAAGAUGCAUGACUACGAUGGGAACAACCUGCUGGACGGCCUGGAGUUGGCCACUGCUAUAACACAUGUACACAAAGAGGAGAGAGGGGAGAACAGCCAGCCAAUGAAGGAGGAGGAGCUCAUCGCGCUAAUCGACGAGGUCCUGAAGGACGACGACAAAAACAAUGACGGGUACAUCGACUACGCAGAGUUUGCCAAAUCGCUGGAGUAGAUCGCCUUGCUGUUUUCUUUGUUUCCAAUCCUGGAGGAGAAUCCUGAAUGAGGGGAGAGGCGGCAAGCUGCUCCGUCUUUCACAGAAAUCAACUUUGUAAUUUACAAAGCUUGUGACA